UCCCUCAACUCUAACUCUUUGCCUUCCAUCUUCUUCCCUUCCUUUUUCUCAGGCUUCAAUGACUUGCUGACCUCUCAAGUUACCUUCCCUGCAAAGCUUCGUUUCUGUUUCUUUGACCUCAAAAUGGCGGUGGAUCUGAUGAGUUUUCCGAAGAUGGAUGAUCAGAUGGCGGUACAAGAGGCUGCAUCGCAAGGCUUGAAGGGCAUGGAGCACCUGAUCCGUCUCCUUUCUCACCAGUCCAGCAACGUCGACUGCACCGACCUCGCCGAUCUCACCGUCUCUAAAUUCAAAAAGGUCAUCUCACUUCUCAACAGAACCGGUCACGCCCGGUUCAGACGCGGGCCGAUUCAACCCCUUUCUUCCUCGUCUUCCCCCUCGACAUCAUCCUCUGCUUCUCUGUCUGUUCCGAAUUCUCAAAACAAUCUAACUCUAACUUCUGCUGCGAUCUCAACGCCGGCGACCAUAAAUACGGCGGUGGUCGGUACUUCGGUUAUCAGUGCUUCUAGCUUCGUUCAAUCGCAGCCGCAGAGUUUGACUCUGGACUUCACAAAACCUAAUUUGUUUGGCUCCAACGGUAAAAGUACCGAGUUGGAGUUCACAAAAGAAAGCUUUAGCGUUUCCUCUAACUCUUCGUUUAUGUCUUCUGCCAUCACCGGAGACGGCAGCGUCUCGAACGGGAAGCAGGGAUCAUCUCUAUUCUUGGCGCCGGCGCUGGCCGUUUCGACGGGAAAGCCGCCGCUAUCGUCGACACCGUUCAAGAAGAGAUGCCAUGAACAUGACCACUCCGAUAACGUUUCCGGCAAGAGAUCUGGCUCCGGCAACAGCAAGUGCCAUUGCUCAAAGCGAAGGAAAAAUAGGGUGAAGAAAGUAAUAAGGGUUCCUGCCAUAAGUUCGAAGAUCGCCGAUAUUCCACCAGACGAGUAUUCAUGGAGGAAAUACGGGCAAAAGCCAAUCAAAGGCUCCCCAUUCCCGCGAGGAUAUUAUAAGUGCAGUAGCGUUAGAGGGUGCCCCGCUAGGAAACACGUGGAGCGAGCCCCCGAUGAUCCGUCAAUGUUGAUUGUAACGUACGAAGGGGAGCACCGACACACUCAACCCGCAAUGCAGGAGAAUAUGGCUCCUGCCGUGGGAAUGGACUGGACUUCGAGUCAACGUGAUAAUAAGCAAAUAUUAAUCUAAGUUAAUUUAUACAUAAAAAAAGAGUUUAGUGGUGUUUUGUAAUAUUUUGGAGUAGGUUGGGGCAAUUGGAUGUAAAUAGGUAUUGUACUAAUUGUAAUGCCAAAUUAAAAAGUAGACUGACAAAGUCGUUGAGAUUAUGCUUAAAGCAAAAGUUCUUUC